AGGGACAGCAGACGCCGUGGAGGUCACCGUGCAUGCCUUAAACAGCCUGUUCGUCAUCGCCAACUUGCUCGUCACGGCCCUGCCUGUCCAGAUCCUGCACUUCGUCUACCCCGCCAUCUUCGUAGUCCUUUACUUCCUGCUUAACCUUGUCUACUUCCUCGCAGAUGGCACAGACAUGCGCGGCAAUGACGUCAUAUACAAAGCCGUAGACUGGAACUCGGCGUUCCCCACAACACUAACGAUCGCGUUAGGGAUACUCGUGGCUGUGCCCCUAGGACAUCUGCUGAUGUUUUCCAUCUACACCUUCCGGCUGUUCCUAUACUCUCUCUCUACCAGAGGUUCUUAUUCGACUUCUGGCAAAGGGAAACAUACGACAAGGGGUGAUCCUACAGUGCCAAAGCCUAGCUCUAGUGCCUACGUCACUGGUGUAGAAUGACUUCUUUACGUAAGGGAGCCUUGAUGAACACAACAGAAUCUUUCCUCUUCUCGCUAUAACAGGCCGCUAAACAACCUUCGACGAGGACAACUAGAUCUACUGCCUAAAUGUGAAUCUUUGCAAGUCGAAGAUCUCUACUCCAGAGAUAAACUGACUUACGUACUGGAGAAAUAGUGAGACGCUGUAUAGCAACGGUUUCUGGAAAGUAUAAAAUAUGCCUUCUUGCCUUUUGUACGUCACGGAACAACGAGAUGUGCACAAACUUAUCAUAUCAGUCCAAAAACAUUGAAUUUCGUUGCUACCGUUGUUACAUUCCUUCGUAAUAUCCAAUAUAUUACAUGGACCUGAUGUGUUCUUGUCAAAGUUACCUCACAUCUGCCAUCUACCUUCCUUUGUGGUGUAGUACAUGUAUAUAGGAUCUGUGCCUUGUACGGAAUAGCCGCGAGAUUGAUUUCGACGAUAGAGGAUCUCCAUAAUAUUUCUCCUGCACUGUUAUCCCACACUGUCCAAGUUGAUCCUCACAGGCGCAACCGAAGCCCUCGCCUUUUUGUUGAUCUAAAUCAUGAUUUUGCGCUAUGGGCUUAAAGUGACAACCUUUCUUCGAAUUACGGUGUAUAUUAUCACUUCAGAGGCAGACCACCUAUUCCUCGGGUGAGUCUAGAUAACUGAAGUAGAUUUGAUCUUGGUCAAAGGAGAUGAAAAAUAAAUUCCGACACAUUUCGAAUUGAAUUUUGAACUUUCACGUGUCCACAGAACUAAAAUUAAAUACAUGUACAAUGUACCGUGUACGCAUCGGUGGUCAGUAUCACAAACGGCAUUGUAAUUUCUCUUCAACUACAAUCACUAUAUUAUUAUAACACUUGGACAAAACGGUGCUAAUUCUUUUUAUGUGUAUUCCUUCACAAUCCACAUAAUAUUACGUACGAACUCAAAAUACCAUUGGUGAAGAGACUACUAUACAAUGCAAAUAUGUGGGGCGUGCAGACAAAACGAGUUACUUGUUGCAAUCCACAAAUAGAGAUAUUGGCCAAAAAUCAAAUUGGAAGUUUGUUCUACUGAUGUCCUAUUCUUUAAGUAUAACAUGCCUUUUAUUAUUUCAUACUCAUUAUAUGAAUUGUAAAAACUCCACCUACAAGCGUGAUGUAGUGUAUUUAAGGCUUGAAUCUGAGAAGUAACUCGAUUUUGUCAGCACGCUUCACAUAUCGACUUUUAAAUUGUAUAUUAUAAUAUUAUCAGAAACACUUCUCUGAUGCAUUCGGUUCCCAAUUUAAUGGACAAGGUGAAGUUUUAAAUAUAGUACGAACCUCCUAUAUGAUACAUGUUCACCUUUUCAAAAAAGGUUUCGCUCUGCCCGGCGCGGUUUUCAAAGAGACUUAGAGUUUUUAAAGCGCUUAACUCCAACAGUAGCAAAUCUUUCAUUUUGAGAUUCAUGUCGCUCUGAUACAUAAAAUUGUUCUGAUGAUGACGUAACUG